AUUGCCGCACAUAAUGGCUUCACAUAUGCAAAUAGGAUCAGGUGAACACCUUUGUUGAUGAGUUUACUUGGAACUGCAGUGUACCAAGUACCACAGGCCAUGGCCGCCCAUGAUCUUCUCCAGCUCCACACUGAUUGUACUGUUGACUUGAGACAGGAACAUCUACCUGAGAAGAAGCGACUUUCCCUCCCUUGCUGUUUAAGGCUACGAAUGCUCUUCGCGAGCUCCACACCGAUUGUACUAGCGACUUGAGACAUGAGCACAAGUACCACUGGCCAUUGCUGCACAUGAUCUUCUUCAGCUCCACACUGAUUGUACUAGCGACUUGAGCUAAGAACAUCUACCUGAGGAGAAGCGACUACGAAUGCUCUUCGCCAGCUCCACACCGAUUGUACUAGUGACUUGAGACAUGAGCACAAGUGCCACUGGCCAUGGCUGCACAUUAUCUUCUCCAGCUCCACACUGAUUGUACUGUUGACUGAAGACAUGAAAACCUGCAUUGGGAGAAGUGACUGUUUACUGUUUACGACUGUGGAUGUUCUUUGCCAGCUCCAUACUGAUUGUCCUGGCGUCUGAAGAAAUGAACACUUGACAGAGGAACUGCCACAGCACUGAGCACUAGCAUGCCGAGACUGUACUCUACAACAGCAGCAGCAUGUCUGGCGUUGGAACUACAACUUGUCAAGGCUGAUGUGGAGGCUCAGUACCAGAAGAAACUGCAGAGUUUGGCCACCAAGGCAUCCAAGGUUGCGGUAAAGUCAGUUGGCUCUCUUCAGUCAUCGUGGAACUGCAUCAUGUCCUGUUUGAACUCUGAAGCCGAGUAUCACAAAGGACUUGCUGAAACUCUUUCCAACCAGAUAUCUAAACCAUUGAAGGCUCAUGGCGAAGAAAUGUACAAAGAAAGGAAGAACGGUGAAGCUAAUGUUGAACGUGCACUCAAGGCUUUCAAUGAGCGCCGGUCGAAGGAGACAUCUUCCCGUAACGCUGCCUACAACCGUUGCAAGGAGGUGGAAACCAUGACCGAGAUGGUGGAGGCAACGAAAUCGGACAAGGAAGCAUUCAAGAUCGGCAAGGCACUGAAGAAAGCAGAAGAGCUGGCAAAGAAAGUCGAUAAAGAAUACCGACGCGACUGCAUCGAAAGUGAAAAUCUCCGUCUGGCGUGGGAGCAUAACAUGUUCAGUUUCUGUGAGCGAAUGGAGAACGUUGCUCAAACUCAGACCGCCUUUUGCCGUGAUGUAUUUGGCCAGUAUUGCUCGUCUGUUGAGGACAAGAUUCCAGUUCUGCAACAGAGUGUGGAGCAGAUGAGGAUGAGUCUGAACGCUAUUGAUGAAGUGGAAGACAUCAAGCUCUGCUGUUCAUUGAAAGGCACUGGUAGCAACACCGCUGAACACGUUCUGUACCAUUGCUUUGCGGAAGAUGAAUCCGUUCAAAUAAAUGAAGAGAGACGCAUCCAAAGUCUGAGGGAGCGAUGUGCAUUCUUCUUCCAGGAGUGCCGCAAGAACGAGGAGUACAGGGAUGGCCUUGUGUCGCCUAGCGGUAUUGGAACGCCAGAAGCGGAUUUGGAGCAGCAAGCCAAGAUCAAUUCCAGUGUGGACCACGUGCAGGCCUGUCUCUACAAGCUGCGGAAAUCCCUGGCCGUGUACGACGGUAGUUCAUGUCCAAGUUAUCCGCUCAGUAACCAAAUAGAAACUCGACCGGCUGCAAAGGGCCAGGUUCCAGUAACUGUGAUGAAUAUCCCACUAACGAAUGGAAUCGGCAGAGAGGCCAGUCCAGGAGUCCAAGAUCUGCACUUUGAUAUUGGUAACAUUCCGCUGUCUCCAACUCAAUCAAUACACGACCGUAACUCCGUGAGCUCCUGCUCGUCGCAAACUUCCACCACCAAGUCCAGGCGACGGAUCAAUUUCUCUACAAAGAAGAAGAAAGACACACUGACAGUCGAUUCAGCAAGGGGUACCUCUGUCAGCAUGGCCAACGUCAGGAGAGCUUCCAGCGUUGAUGUUUAUGAGACGCCAACGGCACCAACGGCACAAGCAUCAGCAACAGCGCCAACAUCACCAACAGAGAACCAUCCGAAUUUCCAUGAAGAAGAUAUAGAUGAUCAAAGUGAGUUUGAUGAUGAUCCGUCGGACACUUACGCACGUCCGUUAGAGGGUUGUGAGCAAUGUCGAGCACUGUAUGACUUUGAUGCCACUGAAGAUGCAGAACUUACUAUUCAUGAAGGCGACAUCAUUGACAUCACUUCGCAGCCUGGCGAGGGCUGGUGGGAAGGCAGACUGAAUGGCAAGAUUGGCUGCUUUCCUGAAUCCUAUGUGGAAAUGAUUUGAGCAGGUUGGGAAUGUGUGUGUGUACACGUGUGUGUGUGUGUGCGUGUGUGCACGUGUGUGCAUGCGUGUGUGUGUGUGUGUGUGUGUGUGUUCCUGGAUGAGUACCAGUGAUGAUUGCCUUUGCGAACACUUGUGUGUGCCCAUGCAUGGCUGUGUGUUCUAAACGUUCCUGUGGCUGACGUUUUCCCCAGUGCUUCCUUCUCCAGGGCCGAGUUGCAGCACGGCAAGAUUGCUUGAUCCUGCCAUGAAUCUCUUUUACUUAGUUUCUUUUCCAUGCCAGUUAUCGUAUUUAUCACUUUUGAUGUACUGGUUUGUAAAACUGCAGCUCCUGUUAUGCCCUGCAAGUGCUGAGCUUGUGCAAGCUCAGUGCUUCCGUCAACUUAAUUUAGUUUCCCCUUGGCUCGCCCGCCGUAGAUUUGCGUAUAGCUGUGCUCCGCCUACACAUUAUUUUUCAACAGUGCUGCAACUGCAACCCGGUGUCGCACGCUCUACUGCAACUCUUUGCCUUUCGGGUCGGUUACUUUGCGCUGGCAGUGGCUUUCUGGGGGAGUAUAUAGUGUGCAGUGAUGUGCCGAUACUGGCAACUGCAGGUCUUCUUUUCUUUCUUUUCUAUGUGUGCAGUAAUAGCAUCUACGACUCCAACCUUUAACCUUUUGAGUUUUUACCUCUUGAUUGUUAACCCCUUUUACAGACCACAGAAAUUCCGAAUCUUUUCAGAUUAUCUAUCAUGCUGUCACCAAAUCAGAGGCCCCAUCCCCCCCCCCCCCCCUAGGAUGCUUUGUUAAGUCAUAAUUAUCAUCCACUACCUUUUGUCAUGCUGCUUGCUGUAUAUAUUCAAGCCUCCUUGCUAUGCUUCGGUUGCUGUGACAAUCCCUUGAUUGACUUGUGCCACAAGUACACCACCA